AUGAGCAAGUUGUAUGCAAACAAGAAAACUAAGCUGGACUCAGACAAAAACAAAAUUUUUUCCUUCCAGGAAACAAAAAACUUUAGCAAUGAAGGCAACAAAACAAAGACCAAUACAACCUCUAUGGUAGAGCCUGUAGUUAACAAGUUUACAAGUUUUGAACUAGAGGACAGCACUGCAAGUUGGGCAAACCAAGUGGAAAAUGAGCAAAAAUAUCAAACAGAAACUCUCAAAACUCCUUUGACCUCAAGAAAAACACAUAACAACAAUGAAAACUUGGAAAAUAAUAAGCAUACAAAAGACACAGGCAAAUGA